GUUCGCUGUCGUCCCCCAUCGCUGGUCCGGAUUGGAGCUAAUAUCGAAGGCAUUAGCGUUGCUUCGCAGCGUGCAAUCCAAUUUAUUGAUGGAGAAAUGCUCUUUCGCUACAGGCUACGAAAUCCACGACCACUAAGCGUAAGCACCAGAUGAUAGUACACUUGCAGCUAUCUUCUUCUUCAUCAACGUGCGCAAUUAUAGUCGUCGUCUAGUGAGUGUGGACAUUUAGCAGGAUCAGAAGCUGUAUGUGCAUUUUUGUACUCUAAUAGCAAUCGUCAUAGUGUCCUUGCGAUCUAACUCUGGUAUACGAAUUCUUCAUCAAGAUGCAGCAGCCGGCGGGACUGACGCUGCAGCAGCCAUCAGCAUUGCAGGUUCCAACGAUACAAGGCAAGAGCUUGAUGUCAACAUGGUUGGUAAAAGGGCGGGACAGCAAAAUCAAAGGGUAUACUUCCUUUACUUUGUAGUUGAAAUUGGAGAAUAACAUGGUGACUGUACAACUAUGUAUGCAUGAUGCCACCACGUGCACGUCGCCCAAAAUUCCCACGCAUGACAAAUUGAUGAGAUUCAUUUUCUUCCUCCCCUGCGUACAGGUUCGGUCAUGAUGUGCAAUGUUCAUUUCUGCGUCUGCCAUCACCAUCGCAUCAGGUACUUGAGCAAAGACGGACAGCACGUCGUGUCGGAACACGGUCAGCAGUUUAGAAAGGAUGACUGCACCAUGGUGAAAACGACCUUGAUCAAGCCCAUGGUAAGCCCGACCAUAGCAGCGCCACAGCUCGCGACCGGGAGUGGGUCAUCCUCUGCGGGAACCCCGCUACAAACUCGCCCGAUCGCGUCGACAACCACCACUCCAGCGGCUGUUUCUUCACUUUCGUCGAGCAGCAACAAUGGGCCCUUCAAUUUCAUGGCCGCCCCACAGGGGAUGGCCCCUCCUGUCGGUAUCACCAACAUCGGCAUGCGUAUCAAACGAAGCCACUAUUUCUUACAUGGUCGGAGUUGCGCGUUAGCCGACACGCCAUAUAAACACUGCUGUGUUGAGCAUAUGAAAAUUCAAAAAAAAAUCGAAAAAACUAACAAGAUUUUUAAAUGGGUACUUGCGCAGCUUGUGGUGCAGCAUUUGUGGCAAUUGGUCGUGUCGUCCCGCUCUUGUCAUGAAGUACCUCGAUCCAUUUCGGAAAAAAAAGUGUUUUCUUAAAGUUCAUCCAGACUGCCGUAGAAGUGCAACUCCAACUCCCGAGUAGGAUUGACUGUUGCAUAAACUAGACGCCAAUCGAAGUGCAAGUGAACGAAAAAUGGUAUUCGACUACGCUAGUUGGCGCCAGUUCCACGGUAUUUGUUCGAGAGCUAAACCAACAUGUGGCCUUGAAGAGCUCCUCACGACCAACAGGGUGCCCCUGGAAGACUGCAUCGAAGACCGCGGCCGCAGCAGCUGCGCCGGCAGCGUAGGAGGAAGCUCACGGAGGGGCAGGAGGUACUUUUGAGGACAUGAUAUACGAACAUAGAACAUUCUUGGAGUUGUUGUGAUUGCAACCAAUCUUCUUGGCAUUCGAUUUUUCACUUCCUGUGUGUGCCGAAGUUGUUUGCUUGCUUCCUCUCCUCAAGCUUUCCGUUUCACUUUCAGUUUCAAAAUUCAUUUUACAAAGCAGCUGCUAGUACGUAACGUUCCUUUCAACCCUCCACUUCAUGGUGCUUUUGCUUGUCUGAUGAUGAAACCGAUGGAUGGAAACACAAAAAGAUGAAGCAACAUUUCUUGAAGGUUUUCAUACCAGUGCGCUUGAACUUUCUGGUGGUUACUACAUCGAGACCUGGGUCGACAGUGAAUGUUUGUCGCCGGAUUUGCGCGCCGACGCAUACGAAGAUUGCCUUUGGUGAAGUAGAAAAUUAAUGAGAUUUUUUAUUACAACAUCGACAUUCACAUCAACAUCAACUUCUAUCUUAGCGUCCGAUUUCACUUUGUUCAAGUUCAACGUAUCAGUACCAUCACUUUGACUCCCCUGCCGAUUUGAGAACCUAGGCCUACGACCGGUAAGUAUACAAAGAGACGCCAGCCAUAAAGCUUUUACCGAAAGAGCAAAAUACGGGCUGCACCAAGGAGAACAUGACUUCUCCUAUGUCCUCCACAUACAUGAUAUUUCUUGACGCAACGAGAAAGAUAGAAACUUGAUACUAAGAAAGACGAGCACGAGCGCUACAACAGGGCCACUCCGUGUCCGUCUUGACGUAACUUGAACAAAUAAAACUCGACUUCAUGUUGAUCAUGAUGAAAACAUGAUACGACCGCAGGGGCGCGUGACCUUCG